CAGAGUAGACCGCAGGGGCGGAGGCGAUCCCACGCUUCCUUUGUGACGAAGCGAAGAGAGAGAAUCGAGGGAAAUAGAAGAGAGAGAGAGAGAGAGAGAGAUCUCGCUAUUAAAACAAACCCAAAAACACAUUUUGAUCCGAGAUCUCGAUCUACUCUCGAUUCGAGUAUCGAAACCUUGUUCCCUUAUUAAAUACAAUGAUUUCUAUGGAGUUUGAGACCAACAAUUGGAUUUGGGAGGGAGUAAACUCUCCCCAAUUGUUCGGCCUUGGAGGUAUUAUGAUCCUCGCCGCCGUUCUCGGCUUAUCCACAAGCUAUUUCAGCGGGAUCCCGAUUCCGUUCCAGCCGUUCUAUUGGCCGGAUUUGGGGAUUUUGCACAAGAAGAAGCGCGGGAAGAGGCCGGUGAGGGUGUACAUGGACGGGUGCUUCGAUCUCAUGCAUUACGGCCACGCGAAUGCGUUGCGGCAGGCAAAGUCGUUGGGCGAUGUAUUGGUGGUUGGCGUCGUCAGCGACGAGGAGAUCGUAGCGAAUAAGGGUCCUCCUGUUCUAUCCAUGGAGGAGAGGUUGAUCCUUGUUAGCGGGCUUAAGUGGGUGGACGAGGUUAUUACGAACGCUCCGUACGAAAUCACAGAAGAGUUCAUGAACACGCUCUUCAAUAAGUACAAUAUCGACUAUAUCAUACACGGUGACGAUCCGUGCCUAUUACCUGACGGAACCGAUGCAUAUGGUCUGGCGAAGAAGGUGGGGCGUUACAAGCAAAUCAAGCGCACCGAAGGUGUCUCGAGCACCAAUAUAGUUGCCAGAAUAUUAUCUUCAUUGAAGCAUAUGGACGGCGAUAGGACCAGUAGAAAUUCUUCUGGCUGCGAACAAGGCGAUGCUGACGAGAAGACUCUAGCUGAAGCUAAUGAUUCUCCAAAAUCUCAAUUAUCUCAUUUUCUUCCUACAUCUCGCCGUAUCGUGCAAUUUUCAAAUGGGAAGGGGCCUUUACCAGGUGCUCGUGUGGUGUACAUCGAUGGUGCUUUUGACCUUUUCCAUGCCGGUCAUGUUGAGAUCCUAAGAAGUGCUAGACAACUUGGAGACUUCCUACUUGUAGGUGUUCAUAACGACCAAACUAUCAGUCAAAGGAGAGGGUGUCAUCCUAUUAUGCAUCUCCAUGAGCGCAGCCUCAGUGUACUUGCGUGCCGAUAUGUUGACGAGGUCAUAAUUGGCGCUCCUUGGGAAGUUUCAAGAGACAUGAUUGCUACGUUCAACAUAUCGCUGGUUGUGCACGGGACAGUCGUGGAGUGCAAUUCUAAAAGUGAUAUCGACCCUUAUGCCACGCCCAAGAGUAUGGGAAUUUUCCGAACGAUUGAGAGCCCGAGAAACACAACUUCGAUGUCAGUAGCGAGAAGAAUUAUCGACAACUACGAAACUUACGAGAAACGGAACUUGAAGAAGAAUGCAAGCGAAGAAAGAUAUUACGCAGAAAAGAAGUUCGUUUCAGGAGAUUGAUGCCGCUAUGACGCAUUCGUCUAAUCGGUGAUAAUUCCAAUAGCCAAAGUUCUCAUUAGAGAGGGGAUUAAGUUCUAACUUCACAAAUAUGCUUAGGGAAGAAUACUAGUUGAGAGUUCGACGCAGUUUUCCCCCUUCAUUUUCGGAGCAUGACGACUCAGUCUCGUAACAAAGGAACUCAUUUUCGCGCUGUACACAAUGAUAGUUAUACUGAAGGUUUUUCAGAGGUUUGAUCAUGUAAAGGAGGAAGCCAUUUAUUUGUUGUUCUUAAAACCUUUGAGCAGCUUCUCGGUACCGGAAAUCCCCUUCGCCAGUUAUAUACAAGUGCUUUUGUCCUUUUUUUUAAAUUUUUUGUGUUGGUGUUGUCAUAAUCUUAGGCAGUAUAAAGAUACUCUCCUCCAAUAUAUGAUGAGUUUAAUAUUGAGUCUCAUUUCGGUGCGAAAAAUAGGAUGUAUAAAACAUUAAAUACAUGGAAUAUGGCAUCUCCCUUUUUUUUGUCAA